AUGGGACAUCCAGUUAGGAUAAAUGGGUUAUAUUCCUCCCAAGGCGAAUCAGUAUAUUUAACAAGUGGAAUGAAGGGGAAGGUUUCGGUAAACAAAGGUGGAACACCUAAGAGGAAGGUGGGCAGACCAAGAAAAAGGAUCGACACAGAGGCUAAGAGUAGGAGGACUGCCCAGAACAGGGCAGCUCAACGAGCGUUCCGAGAUAGGAAGGAAGCCAAAUUGAAAAGUUUGCAGGAGAGGACAGAGUUACUUGAGCAGAGAGAUGCGCAAAACAAGAUCACCACGGAUUUUCUGCAGGGCUCUUUAAGGAGUUUAUUGUCUGAAAUUUCAAGAUAUAGAGCUAAGAAUUCAGAUGACGAAAGAAUACUGGCAUUUCUCGAUAACCUGCAAAAAGAACAAAGGGAUGAGGAACAACAGAAAAGGAAAUAUGAAGAAAAAGAAACAAUUACAGUGAUUAGUAAAAGUACAGAGGGACUGCCAUCUCCCAGUUUAAGUGGAAACAUGAUUGUCAACACAGAUACGGAAGUACACCCGCACACACAAGAAAGCGGGAAAUAUAUCUGGACCAUGGGCUUAUGCAACACUCCUAAGCUAACCAAUAUGUGGGAUUCUCCCCCUCAUAAUCGAACAGGCGCCAUUAUUAUCGGCGACAAAAGUGCUAAUAAUAGUGAAAAUCGAGACUGUAGUCUCGAUCUUGUAUUCAGUGGCGGACAGACCGGUACAGAAGGCUUAGACUACGAGAUUCAUAACCACCUCUCUGGGCAUUCUGAGGGUUUGACCGCUGAAAAAAUAGACUCACUACCAUGUCUUAAUGAAAUUGACCAAAAGUAUUUUUCUCACGAGAUUGAAGAUGAUAUCUUACUUUCUAGCGUGCUCCCCCUUGCUAUAGAGAGCAAGUGCGAUAAUAUAUGCAGGGGCAAGUGUACGGGGAUCAAAUCAUCGUUAAAUAAGGAGAUCAAAUGUGAACUGAUAACAAGGUAUCUGUUGAAUCAGGAAUCUCUAGUUUCGGUACUUCCAAUGCCUUCUCCUCGUGCGAGAAUAUUUGGAACUCAAUCUGAAGCAAUCGAACACAUUACCAGCGCCUUAUCGAAUGAAAAAGCGUCUUGCUGUCGCAUUCUCGAAGAGAUCUCUUCCCUACCAAAGUAUUCUUCUUUGGACAUUGAUAAUUUAUGCAACGAAUUAAUGAUCAAGGCAAAAUGUACAGAUGACUGCAAAAUCGCAGUGCGGGCUCGUGACUUACAAAGUGCUCUUGCUAGACAACUCUUGUAG